AGCAUCAUAAAAAACGAAAAAUCAAAACUGACCAAAGAAAGCUUACAUCAUAACGGGUUUGGUAGGCCUUUGAUUAAUAGAGAAGGUUGCAGAAGUUAGACUUAGAGAUAGAGAGACUGAUACAACAAAAAAAGAUGUUAGAGAACAACCACUUAAGAUAAGAUUUUCACUCUUCCAUUUUCAUCAUUCAAGAUACCGGAGGAGAUAUUGCUAUUUCUAUUUUAGGUAGUAUCAAAACAUAAGAAGUAGAUACGAUCCGAUAACUAUCUAAAAGUACAACUUUUCGUAAAAGUGGUGCAAAAAAAGACAUAUAAGAGGAUGAAGUUUUUCGGAUUCUCGUCGAAUAAAGCAGCAGCCGGUGGGGCAGGACAGACGAGUUUUUCGAGAGGAGGGAGCUCCUCAACAAUGUCAAGUCAUGCUGGUGGGGCAGGACAGGGUGGAAUGCUCCUAUCGUCUUCCCCGGGAGGAAGUCCGGCGUCCUCAAAAGAGCGAGAAAGUGUGAAGAGCACCGCCAACUCGCAAAAAAGUGAGGAACUCAUGCCCUACAACAAGCCCAUUCACGACCACAAUGCCCAUCUCUACUCGUAUUUAUGACCACAACACUUUAUCUUCACUAGCUCCUACAUUCAGACUGACCUCUUCAAACGAAGGAGCUAGUCACUUCGGGUUACGUUGAUCCCUUUGUUCAUAUGAUAUAGAGAGACAGGUUUUCUUGAUCACAAGAAUACGUCGAUUAUGCACGUCUUGGUCUCCGUAACUAGCUCCUUGAUUCAGACUGAUUUAUCAGAAGUGCUAUACGUUGACCCCUUUGUUCACUCCUGAUCAUAUCCCAUCCUCCUUCAUAAGGGAACGAUGACGGUGCAGGGCGUAGGUCGGUCGAGAUCAAUGCGGUGCGACCGGAGAGUGCUCAGAUGUUAUGGUCGUCGAACAACAAAUUCUAAGUAUGAUUUAAUUACAACAACAACAUGAUCAUAAACAUAAUUUGUUAAUACAUCACAACAAAUGAUCUAGACCCACCUUUAAUUUCCAUUGUUACCGAUAUUUAGAGAGGAUAUCGAUAACGGAUUACAUUACUCAAAUUCAAGAACAGGCAACAGUUGUUAUGAUCGGACAAAUUACAAAAGGCUUCAACGAAAAACCUGCUUCGUUCGCAACAUUUUCGAACGGUUCGAAACUGGAAGUCUCAAACUUUUCGCAGCUGUUGCCUGUUAGCAGCUGUUGCCUGUUCUCAAAUUUGAGUGGUGUUAUCUGUAUCCUCUCUAAAUAUCGGUAAGCUACUGAGCCCAGGGACUGGUGCUCCAUCGGCGGCGGCGAUCGUCGCAGCGCAAGGCCGUCGGAAUAGUCAGGACGCUUUUGCGGUAUACUUUUCAAAACUGCACACGGUUUUAUCGUCUUACUGUUUGAAUUUGUUAUAAUUCCCCUCGUUUCAUCUCCUCCUGCAACUACUACUACCUACACUUCUACUCCUGAAGCUACUAUAUGAUGAACAUCAAGUAGAGCAUUGAUUUCUCUUUUAUUAGCGAAAAGAAGGAUGCUAACCCUAACUAAGUAAUUAAAGUGUCUUCCAUACCCCAAGAUUGGGUACACUACUACUACUUCAUUCCAAUUCCUUGACUUACGCACCCAGACCAAAGAUCAAACGAUUUUGGUUUUCGAUUGGGAUGACACGUUGUUUCCGACGACCUGGGUGCGUCACUACAUGGGUCUCCACUGGAAAUACCCGCUGCAAGAACAGCCAAUUAACGCCAUCCAAAAACGAAAAAUCAAGUUAGCGUUGGACGAGCUCGCGAAUGAGGUGGAGCAAUUCCUUCUCGCGGCUUUGCAACGUGGACGAGUUGUGAUUGUACUUAUCAUUUUUAAUUAAGCUUAAGCUCCCUGAUCAUCUUCUUGAUGAAGAAGAUGUUUCCUCCUUUGAUCAUGUUGUCAACAGUUGUACCCGAGUUAUCUCCAGCUCCACCGUGAUGAAAAUGAAGGUUAUGUUACAGUGUUUUCCAUUUCUGCUUCUGUUUUAUGUCUUCGUCAUCGAUAUGGUUGUAACGAACUCCUAAGUGUCACCACGUAGAUGCGCUUGGUCAGGGAAAUCCUAGGCAAUCCACCGAAUGGAUUCCCAUCAUCAUCAUCAUCGUCAUCAUCAUCAUCAUCGUCACACGCUUGUUGUACAAAAAGGGAAAGCGAUACAUUGCACAAAAUCGCAUAUAUAUAACACAGGUUACACUGGCUCGAGUACCAUGGGUGAAAUUGAGCUGUGACAACUUCUUUCCGCGUAUUGGCCAAUUGAUCAAGGAUCACGACAUAAACAUCGUCUAUGCUCAGGAAGGUAUCUAUUUUUUGUUUCUUUAACCAAUGGGCUACUGUUUGUUACUGAUUUAGGUAUUUGCUUCCUACAUACCAUGAUAAGCAACAUUCAUAAGGAUUUAUUUGAUAUUAUUUGUUCUUUUUUUCAAUGCUGCAAUGGCCGCUUUUCUCUCUCAUAGAUGCAAUCUUGCAUCUUGGCUUGUCAUUCAACGGGUACUACUGAACGAGCACGGGACAACUAGGAGAUAUUCGUCUUUCAUAUAACCCAUAUUAAUAUUUCUUGUACUUGGCUUCAUCUCCAUCUCCUGUAUUUGAUGCGUACUCUGGUGUUGUUCUUCCACAUGCAUCUGAUCUCAGAUGAAGAUCGAUACGGCUUCUGAAAUAUCGACCCAAGAAGGCCAAGAACAAUUUUUUUUUUUUGUUACGUUUACCUUUAGGUUUACGUUCACCUUUGUUAGUCCUAUCAUUGUCUACCAAGUAUCCUUACCUAAACCAAUACCUUUAGCCCGCAGCUCCUCAGACCGAGAACAGGAUCCUCCAGUGAAUGACCCAGCAGCACAGGAAGCGUUUUGGACGGGGAAGAAACAGCUGGCUAUCCGGAGAGAAGUGGAACACUUCUAUUCUCAAUACCCUGGACAAUUAAGGCAAAGGCUCGCAGUAUUUCUACCAGAUGUUGAUGUUGAUACAACUCUUCAUCAAGGAUACAACUACUAAAAGAUGAUGAUAGAGAAUGUAGGACAGCCCUAAGACAAUCGUGGAAAAACGUGAUUAGCAUUGGCGAUAGCGACUUCGAACGCAAGGCGACUCAUGCAACCAUGCAAGGCUACUCAAAAGAUCACGAUCUGCGAGUCAGUACUUCUUCUUGCUUUUCGAAUGGAGUUUAAGAUUACUCUUACUUUUACUUACACGACUUACAUCAAAAGAUUCCAUUUCCAUAACAUGGAUUCACAUUCAUUCAUUCAAAUCAUAUUAGGUGACUGGUCACUUAAGGUUAAGAUCUAUUUUUAUGGCUUUUCAAUGGCCUCGAACGCUCUCCCCCUCAUAGGUGAGCCACUACCUAACCUAACCUAACCUAACCUAAGUGGAAGUAGUAGUGGGUUAAGACCUGGCGUUAUUUGAAAAUGGCUCAGAUGAACCCAUAAUUGAUGUUGACGAUGCAUUGAGUUCCCAACGUGAUGAAUGGCCUGCUCUCUGCAACCACCUUCCAGGUCUGUCGCGUGGCGAAGAGGAUGUAAUGUGCCUCAGCGGUUAUGUCGGCAACCAUUACCGACGGCUGCGUACCAAGACCGUGAAAAUGUACGACAGUCCCAGAAUUAAGGACUUGGAACUUGAAAUUCAGCUGCUGAAGAAGUGGCUCAACGCUCUGGUGGCUUUGGAUAGCGGUCUUGACGUGGAUCUAGAGGAUGACGAACGGCUGGCAGAAACGCAUCGACUACUUACAGGAGAGAUCCUCUAACAGAAACAGUAAAAAUUUUACGGCUGAUCGUGAUGAGGAAACACACUCGCUCCUCAAAAAGUGACCUCUUGCCAGGCACAUGAAUCAAUCAAUUAUAGUCAAUGACAACGUACUUAAUCAACUGAUGUUCUUUUUCACAGAUAGCAGAACUUCCACCCUUUCCAAUUCCCCUUGUUGUUCAUCUCAGAGAAUCUCGUACUUAAUUUCUAUUGUGUUCGAUUGGAGAUUUAUUGAAGCAACAGUGCGAAGAUAAAGAUGAAUCAUUAUGAGCGCUAAUCUAAGUAAGGGGGGAUACGAAGCCGAGGCAGCUCGUGCUUAGAAUGGGUCGACGACGUGGAAGUGGGGCUGUACUACGGCAGAAAGCAGAAUAAAGCGCACCAAGCGCAAGCUAGCACAAUUGUUAAUCAAAGAAAUGUAAAAUAUAAUCACCGCAUUGCGAGGAUUGCCAUUGCUUCUAUUGAUUUUGGCUGACUGUAGCGAAAAAAAAUACCAACGAUCCUAAUCAUGUUCAUCCACUUGUUGAUUGAUCUUUGCUUAGCAGCAUCAUAGUACUUGAAUCUAAAAGUGAAGCGAUAUUAAAUGAAAUGAAAAAUCUCGGGAAGAUGAAAUCCCGGACAUAUUACUUAUAUAUUUAUACACCGACUUGAACGUUGAACAUGAACAUCGACAUCUUCAAGCUCAAUAUGCUCAUAUUAGAAAAGAUUGGUCACAAUUUUGCUACUUCUCAUAUCUGGUUGUAUAGGCUUAUCUAGGCGCUUUUUUUGUUAACUACAAUCAGUCUGCCUAUUGAUCACAUUCAACAUAUUUUAAUGUCAUUAUUUUUUGAUAAAUAGAACAUUGAAGUAGAUGGCAUUAGUUUUAGUCAUUGCUGCACAGAUUUGAUAUUGACCUUGUUGAUGGGAGAGGUGUUGAUGUAAUAUGUUGAGUCUUUUUGAUAGAGUGUGAAAGAGAUGCAAGUCAUGCGGGUAGGGUUUAACUUGUGAGUUCAUGAUUUUUUGUUACCUUGUCGAAGGUGUAGUGGCCAUUGCUCUGGUUUAUUGAAGCUAAGAAGUGUAUACAAUUACAAACAAGUUGUCCUAUUACAGAUGCGGAUUGGUAGGCGGUGAUGCUCGUGACUUGGUCCUACUAUCCUCAGUAGUUCUUUGUAGUGGGUUUACUCCCUCGAAUGGCUAAGCUCCUCCUACUACUACUAGUUGCCAGCCCUUUACAUCCUAGAAAACUCCCUAUGCGUAAAUGCGAGCUGGGUCUGCAAUACGGGAUCUACGAAAAUAAGUAAAUCUAAAUGAAAUUUAUCUGACCCACACCAGUCUAUAUCACUUUCACAGAAUCACCACCAUAUUGAUCAUUAGUGGAAGUUCCCGCUCUGCGCGAACGCGUGCACUCGUUGUCGCUGGGCAUUUUUUGUAGAUUCUUUGAAAAUGUUAGUUAGGGAGCAGGAGCACCAUAGUACCAUACUUGUCAGGGAUCGGCUCAUCAGUGUAUCGUCACCCCGAAUUGGGUACUACCUCGUCUAGUCCGAUGCACAUAAAUGUUGGAACGAUUUUUAGUCAGAAAUCGAAAUUCUAGAACAUUCUGUCUUUACCAAUUCAUGUGAGCAGCAGGAAAAUGGACAGCUUGUAUAGACACCGGGAAUCAACAUCCCGCCAAGAAAAUGUUGCUGUACUAUCGAUUAUAGCUGCGUUGUUGAACAAGUUGAACAGUGUGAUUCAUAAACACAUUAAAGUGUCGCUAGAGCAGACGAUGUGAAACUGUAGCAGGUCCUGAUUCGUGCACUCUAGCGAUCGCAGAUCUGGGACAUUGCCGGCUCCUAGACCUGUAGUGCCU